CCCGAGGGCAGCGCAGCGGGCAGGGGCGGGGGCCGGGGCCGGGGGGGCGGCGGGGCCGGGUCGGGCCAUGGCUGCGCUGCUCAGCACCUUCCCCUGGCCGGAGCGGCUGGAGGGGGACGGGACCGAGGGGCUGCGAACGGGGCCGCAACCCCCGCGUUGUCCUCCGAGGGAGAAAAGCUCCGAGAGCCGCAUCCGCCGGCCCAUGAACGCGUUCAUGGUGUGGGCGAAGGACGAGAGGAAGCGGCUGGCGGUGCAAAACCCCGACCUGCACAACGCGGAGCUCAGCAAGAUGCUCGGCAAGUCCUGGAAGGCUCUGAGCCUCCCGCAGAAGCGUCCCUACGUGGAGGAGGCCGAGCGGCUGCGGGUGAAGCACAUGCAAGAUUACCCCAACUACAAAUACCGACCCCGCAGAAAGAAGCAGGUCAAGCGGAUCUGCAAGCGGGUGGACCCCGGAUUUUUGCUGGGCAGCCUGACCCGGGACCAAAACGCGGUGCCGGAGAAGCGGACCUGCGGCCGGGCUGCAGGGGAGAAAGAGGGGCCGGGUGAGUACCCGCCUCACCCAGGGCUGCCGGCCAUCCGGGGGUACCGAGAGGCUUCGGGCAGUGGCAGCAGCACCAGCGUGGACACCUACCCCUACGGGCUGCCCACACCCCCGGAGAUGUCUCCGCUGGACGCCAUAGACCCCGAGCAGAGCUUCUUCUCCUCACCCUGCCCGGAUGAGCAUCAUCGCUCCCACCUCCCUGGAGCCACCUACUCCCCGGAGUACGCGGGCAGCUCCAUCCCGUGCAACCACCACUCUCUCAGCCCCAUGCCACAACCCACCACCUGCAUGAUCCCCCAAACCUCCAGCUGCCCUUCUCUUCCUCCUCCUCCUCCUCCCAGCUACUACACACCUGCCUUCCCCUCCCUGCACCCCCCGAGCCUCCAUGCCCACCUGGGCCAACUCUCCCCACCACCCGACCACCACGGCUUUGACACCUUGGACCAGCUGAGCCAAGCUGAGCUCCUGGGGGAGAUGGACCGCAAUGAGUUCGACCAGUAUCUCAACAACCCCGGCCACAGCGACCACCACGUCUUGGUCAAUGGACAUGUCCCAGCGGCCAGUGGCUCCCACACCUCCGAGACAAGCCUCAUCUCUGUCCUCGCCGAUGCCACGGCCACCUACUACAAUAACUACAGCGUCUCCUAGACCCCCGGCCGGGGCAGCCUGGACCGGCUGAGGAAGGACCUGACACAGUAUUACAAGGCGUUUCUCCCCGGGGACAUCGCUCGCCGUCCCUCAGGGUGACUGAGUCCGAACCGCGAGGGCCGUGGAGUCUUCUCGGUGGCGUAGGUAAAGGAUUUUGGUCAUCAGCUCGUCAUCUGUGUGAAGCCUUGGGUGUCCUGCUCCACAUGGAGCUUGGGGGGCAUUUCCUCUUGCCAAGCCCUUUGGCCAAGUCCCUUUUCCAAAGCAGAGAUGCGCCUGGGAGUGCGGGAGAGCUGCCCCCCAAAUUUUGGGGCACCCCAGCUCUGAUUUGGAGUCAGGAGGGUGGCAGCAUCCUGCAGAAAAAAGUCCUGGUCAGGGAAAAAGCCCCUUGAAGGGGACAUCCAGAGGGGACACAAAGGAUGAUGUUGGGCUGGCCCUGGGGAUGUGGGGGCUGUAAAGCGGCACCCAGUGCAGAGGGUGGUCAGUUCUGGAGGGGAGUAGGAUCAGGGCUUGGAAAAGCAGGUUCUUGUUUGGGUUCCAUCACCUUGGCCUCCAAUUAAAAGCCCUCCCAAAACCAGGGACCACAUGAGCUGCCCUGGGAACAGGUCCUGGGGAUGAGCAUUUUGGCCAAGAGGUGAUGAUGUAGCAGAUAUACAUUGUUUUUUCUUUAAUCAAACAUCCUUUGAAGGCAAACGCUUCCCGUUUCGAGCCGCAGUGCCCAAUGCCUCCUCUAACUCUGGCAUAUUAUUGCUUGUAAUAAAGCUGUACAUUGAUUUAUUCCUUCCAUUAUUCCUCCCCUCGGAUUUUGUAUUUGCUUGAGUUCCCUUCCUUUUCAUAAAGAUGAAGCUUUAUUUUAAAUCAGUUAUAUGACAUGAUUAAUCUUAGUGUUUACUAUAUGGCACUUGGUAAUGAUUAGUUAGUAGCGUGGCUAUGAUUUUCUGGUUUCAGUCCCAAACAUGUAUUAAUAAUAAUUGCAAAUAAUACUUAAAAAGCCCCACAACUUCACAGGUUUUUAAGCUAAGGCAUUCCAUCUCUUUUGUGUGACUCUAUGCAUUUUGAAUGAGUGUAGAUAUGAGUUUGCAUAAAAUAUUUAAUUUAAAUAAAUAUGUUUUUAUACAAUGAUGGUUUUAUGAUUUAAAUUGCUGUAACUAUUGACAAAGUUUUCAAAACAGAAACAUUUCCCGUGCGAGUGCUAUUUUUUUAAUUUUUUUUUGAUGUUGGUAUUUUCAGCCAAACUUUUCUACUUCCAUUUUGUUUUGUUUUGUUUUUUUUUUU